AUGCAGUUUUGUGUUAAUUUUAUUUUCUUUUACGCAAUAAUUCAACCUAUCAAUUUGCAAUUAUUAAUAAAUGUUAAAAACCAGGGUGGCGAUGUAAUGCAAGAAAAUAUAAUAGCAAAUGUGUCAGAAGACACUGUUAUUCUAGAUUUUCUACGAUUAGAUGGAGUUUAUGUAUCACAGCUUGUUGACUUUACCAACGAAGUUGAAGCUAUGAAAGUUGUGAUUCCAGCAGAGGAAGAGCUGGGCCAAAGUGGCCACCAGACACUGUGCUUUUUAACACAUGCUGCACAGGCUGAUUUUAUUGCACCAGAUGCCAUGGCCAAACUGAGGCAGAAAAACCCUGGGACAGUGAGAGUAGCGGAGGAAGAUAAGGGCUGGCGUCAGACGACAGCUACAGCGUGGGCAGGUCGCGCCACGCGCCUGUUGUCCCCCGCGGCAGCAAAGCACUGUGCAGCUGCCAGGGAGCGUGUUUAUUUGAGAGCUGCUGACCUCACAAGAUGGGCGCCUAGGCCAGGAAUGGAACAGUCAUCUUAUUCUUCUGAAGUGACACCAUUUCCAACUAAUGCUUUAUCACCGGAUGCAACAGAUGGAAAACCAGCUAUUGGUCCUUGUGUGGCAGAAAAUGAUGCAGCAAAAGAGUGUAUUUGUCACUUAGAGGUGUGUGUAAACUGGUAUCCCUGUGGCUUAAAGUACUGCAAAGGGAAACCACAGGGAGGUCUCAGUUACCGUUGUGGUAUCAAAACUUGCCACCGUUGCUACCGUUACCAUUACUACGUCCGACGCCGCGACGCCUGUCUCAGCUAUACG